AGGAGGAGGAGGACGGGGAAGGAAGGGCUGGCGGCGAGGAACGGAGCGGGCGGGCAGCGCCGCUAAUCCUGGCGCCGCACGGCAGCAGGUCUGCGCUGGGAAUGCCGCUCCGCCGAGCGAGGAAGGUCACUAUCACAUGACAAAGGCUUUGAGACAGCUUCAUCUUCGUCUGUCUGUAGUUUCCACUUGCCUUCCUGGUGCCCAAAAAAUCCAAGGCAGACUGGUUUAAUCAGAUGAGAUCAAAUGUAUUGGACUCCCGUGAUGAUUUAUCUCAAUGAAACUCCAAACCGUGACAAAGCGGAGCAAGUUAAGCCAAGCUACUGUGUGCCAAGCUACAGUUUGAAUUGAAAAGUCCUCUUCAAGGUUGUUGAAUGAUGAUCCUUGGGCAUCUUUACUGGUUUCAGUCACAGUAAUGAAAGGCAGUAGUAGGAAUAAGGAUCAUUCGACAGAAGGAGAAGGAACUGGGAAACGACCAAAAAGAAAGUGUCUUCAGUGGCAUCCCCUGCUUGCCAAGAAACUCCUUGACUUUUCUGAAGAGGAGGAGGAAGAAGAGGAGGAGGAAGAUAUUGAUAAGGUGCCACUCCUUGGCGCUGAUGGUUUAGAGCAGGAUGCUGAUGAAACCGAAGACGACGAGUCCUCAGAGCAACGAGCUCGCCGACCAAUGAAUGCAUUUCUCUUGUUCUGCAAACGCCAUCGCUCUCUGGUGCGGAAAGAACAUCCUCGCCUCGAUAACCGUGGCGCAACCAAAAUCUUGGCAGAUUGGUGGGCUGUUCUAGAUCCAAAAGAGAAGCAGAAAUACACUGACAUGGCCAAGGAGUACAAGGAUGCAUUUAUGAAGGCAAAUCCAGGGUACAAGUGGUGCCCCACAACAAACAAACCUGUGAAAACCCAGACAUCCACUGUUACAAGCAGGAAGAAGCUGUGGGCCUUCCCUUCAGACUCUGCGAAAGAUAUACCAAGCCCGAGGAAAGUGACAAAAAGUGAAGAAAUGCCACAGCUUAACUUUGGGAUGGCAGAUCCUACACAAAUGGGAGGCCUGAGUAUGCUGCUUUUAGCUGGGGAACAUGCCCUGACUGCACAAGAGGUUUCCUCAAAUACUUGCCAAUCUGAUGUGACUGAUUCUACGGAAGUGUGUCAGAAGUCGUCGUUGUUUCAGUUUGCAGAGAUCUCUUCAAGCACAUCACAGCCAGGAGUUCCAGGAGCUGUAAAACAAACGGAAGAGUCUGCGUUAUUUCAGUUUGCUGAGAUUUCAUCAAAUACUUCCCAGCUGUCAAGUCCUGAGCCAGUAAAGCACUGUGGGAAGUCGGCACUCUUCCAGUUGGCAGAGAUUUCUUCAAGUACAUCCCAUUCAGGUCCUGAUUUAACAAAGCAGUGUGGAACAUCAGCAUUAUUUCAACUGGCAGAGAUGUGCCUUGCUUCAGAAGGGGUAAAAGUGAAAGAACCUGGGAAAAUAAAAGUGGAAGUAUCAGAAGAUGUGACAAGGGAAGUUCCAGAAAUGGAAGUGGAAGAACUGGAGAAGACAACAAUAAAAGACUCCUGUACAAGAAAAAUGGAACAAUCAGAGACAUUGAAAAACUGGGAUGAGACAAAAGCUGAGGAAUUAGAAACUGUAAAAUGCAGUGAUUUUACUGGUCUUCUAAAGGAUAGCAAUCCUUUUGAGAGAAAUGAUAACACAAAGGAUUACGUGUGCCGUUCUCCAGAGCUUUCAUUAGCUGAAAUGAGUAUCCUUGGGCUAGGCAAGCCAGAAAAGUUGAAGAAGAAGAAGAAGAAAAAUAAGUUGGACCGGCACACGAAUGAAAAAUCCACCCCUAAAAAGCCUUGUAAAAAGAGGCAGUCCUCCGAGUCGGACAUUGAGAGUGUAAUGUAUACAAUUGAAGCUGUUGCAAAAGGAGAUUGGGGUGCUGAGAGACUUGAAGAAACUCCACGCAAAAAAGCCCGCCCAUCCUCAAAUGUGAAGGGAAGCAUGUUGGAUACAAAAUCACCAAAGAAAAAAGUGAAAUCUAAAGAGAAGAAGACAUCAAAGGAGAAAUCCAUGGAGACCACCAAAGAAUCGAAGCCUCCUGAUUUCCUUAGUAUUACAGCCAACAAGGAAGUACCCUGUGAGGCUUCUGAUAGCAUUAAAGUGGAACCACUGACCCCAACAGAGGAGGUGGUGCCCCAGAGCUUACCAGAACAGGUCAAAACAGAGGACAGUGACUGUGUUAAAAAAAUAGAAACCUGUGGCUCCAGGAAAUCAGAGAGAUCUUGCAAAGGUGCUCUUUAUAAAACUCUGGUGUCAGAGGGCAUGCUUACGUCUCUGCGUGCUAACGUGGACAGAGGAAAAAGAAGCUCAGGAAAAGGCAACUCCUCAGAUCAUGAAGGAUGCUGGAAUGAAGAAAACUGGGCUUUUUCCCAAAGUGGGACAAGCGGGAACAAAAAACUGAAAAGGCCUAAGCCAAAGGAAGAAUUUGUUUUUGGCUUAGCAAAGUUGGAAGAAGAAUUUGAAAAGAAAUUCAACAGCCUCCCUCAAUACAGUCCUAUUACCUUUGACAGGAAAAAUUCAUCUGUUCCAAGGAAAAAGAGAAAGGUUGGAAGCGGCUCAUCUGAACAACCAAAAUCCAACAAAGCCAUACUCUCAGAAGACAGAAAUCCCAUUGAGCUUGCCUGGAGGAAUAAAAUUUGUUUAUCUGCCCUAAACACUCCAGAGCCAGCGAUGAUGCAUGAGCCUUUAGUUGGAAGCCAGAAAAGGAAAGCGAGGAAAACUAAGAUCACUCAUCUUGUUCGAACAGCAGAUGGUCGCGUGUCACCAGCAGGAGGGACACUGGAGGAAAAGCCAAAAGAUCUUCCACAGAGCAGUCUUCAAAAAGCGUCAAGUGCAGAAAUGGAUUGCAACAGUGAAUGCUCCGGAAAUGCAGAGACACAAGAAAAUCAUAGUAUUACAUCAGAUAUGCCAGCAGUGUCUGCAUUUUUUAGCUUAGCUGCUCUGGCAGAGGUAGCAGCAAUGGAAAAUGUACACAGAAAUCAGAGGGCCACACCUCUCCCACAUGAUGGACAGCCAAAUGAAAUGUCUCAGGCUCCAGUGCUUAUUUCCUGCGCUGACCAGUGAAGCUCCACAUUAUUGUAAAACAUUGUGCUUUACCUAAUAUCCUAGCCUUGUCUUUACCAAGGGAAGCUAGUCAGUCCAUGUGAUGGAAACUAUAGACUGCAAGCAAGUGCUUAUUGCUCUGAGUGGCCCAGAAUUCACUGGAAGCCAGACAUUAGCAACUUGGGCCAGGUCUUCAAAUCGGAACCCAGUAUGUAGGAGGGUGAUAUUAUUUGUCUAUUAAUGAACAGGAAUGGAAUGAUCCCAGAGCUUGCUUUCUAUUGAAGGCUUUUAAACAGUAAAUAGGUGGUUGAUAUGAAGAAGGCUGCCUUUACUGUUAGUUCACACAGCAUCUCUUUUACCAACCAGAGAGUAUGGCAACUAGUUUCAUACAAUGCCUAGUUAAAUGAAAAUGAAAAAAUCAACAACAACAAAAACACUGACGCACUGCACUAGUUACUAUUAGAUAUUCUUAGUCAUUUUUGUACAUGAAGAUUUAAGUUCUAAGAUGGUUUAUAUUAAUAGGUUAUGCCUACGUUUAUAUUGUAGAAUGAAUAUAAAACCUGUUCCAGAGAACUCAAGGCAGCCUGGACAGAUGUACCAUUGUUAGCGGUGUUUGGGCAGCCACGUGGUCCAGAUGUUCUGCACUUUUAUAUUUGCCACCAGAGUGGUAGAGUUUACUGGCAAAAAUUCUGACAGGCUAUGUUUGGGUUUUGUUUCUUUUUAAUUUAGCUUUGAAUAACCAGGAUGAUGUGCAUUAGAAAAAGGAGUGGUGUAUGGAAAAGAAAAAUACUGCAGAGAAUUGACUUGUCUUUAAUGCCUUGGAAGGUUCCUUUAUUUUUGCAUAGAUACCUGAGUGACUUGGUGAAACUUUCCUGUAAACAAAAAGUACUGCGAAUAUGUUUUUCAAAAGUGACCUUAGUAUUAUUUCACCAUUCUGAAAGACCUAAAAGCAUGACUUUUCAAUAUACAUGUACUCUGAUAAGCAUACCUUUUACAUUUUAAAGACACUGGCAUUGUUGUAGUUACUAUGCACAGACGGCUUCAGAGUUUGUAUAAAGGGCCAAUUACAGUUUGUGUUGGUCAAGGGGAAAGUUUUAUGCAGAUAAACUACAACUGAAGAGUAAUGUUUGACUGAAUUCAGACUACCACAGAUCCACCUGCCAGCUUCUAUCUUUGCUUAUGCUGAAUUUUUGUGGUUUGCUCUCAUAAAUGCAUCCCAAAAGCCAGGCCAAUUGUAUCACUUGGCCUGCUGUCUUCACUAUUUCGACUUACACUAUUGUAUAACCAAGCAUUGAUUCCUACCAACAGAUGCAAAAUGAUCACUAGUAAUUAAACUAAAGCUACAAAUUCAACAGGGUACUUCUUCAAUAGCACAAGAUGUUUCCCUAAUUUUUGCAUUGUAGCACAACAAUUUACCAAAUUGGACUCCAGCAAUAAUUUUAUAUUAGUCUUCGUCAUACUGGCUGAAUUUUUGAUAGUAUUAGAUUGAGUUUGAAGUUCUUUGAAUUAAGUCUUUAAAUGAUGCGAGUUUACAUCAUUCUAUCAGGCAUUCUUAUUUAUACUUGACUGAAUUGAUAAUAUGUUUUGGGGUUAUUUUGUAACUAAUUUGAUGUAAUAGCCAUAUGGACAGUAACUCUAUUAAUGCUUGCUAGGUUUAGCCUUUCAUUGUUGUAGCUAAGUGAAAGUCUUUGGUUCAUUGUGGGGAAACAGUAUACCAAGAUACCACGAGAGUUGUAACAAAGGGUUAAAGGUUUGACUAGGGUGGACAGCUUGGAAAGUCUCACUAAAACAGCACCAUCAAAGAUGCAUGUGUUGGAAGAAGGGAACAACUACAAAAGAACAACAAAAUUUCAGAGCCGAUGAGUCAGUGAAAAGGCUUUUUUAAAAAUUCAGGUGAAUAUAUGACUAAGAGCCCCUCAAAUGCCAUUGUAGCCUAUGGCAGUAUUUUUUAAUGAGAUUUUAUUAAAGUUUUAUAAGUUAUUUUAACAAGACAGGAAAAGCUAAAGACUUUAAACUGUUGGGUCACAGCAAGGUGGCUGUUGGAGUUUUGGACCACUUUAUAAUUAGCUGAAAUCCAAAUAUGUUACAGUGCAGGCCGUUCACCUUGACAAUGGUACUAACUUAUUUCUCUAGAAACCUUUAGAGUAGAUAUAUUUUUGUCAAAGCACCCCAUCCUUCCUCAAUUUAAAUUUCAAUAUUGUUCCUGAAGAUAUUUCUGUAUAUUAAUGGUACCUUUUUUAAAAGAAACAGAAAAUUACUUUUUUCUAUAUGAAUUAAUAUCUUACUUGAUCUGCUUUUCCUUGACUUUCCCUUAGAGAGGGGGUAGGGUUGGGUCAGUUUACUGGAUAUGACUGUUUUCAGAUACUUAUAAACCUUUUUGUAGAUAUGCUUAAUUUUUAAGCGAUUAGGCACUGAGAGUAGCAGAAAUCCUGCAAAGCUUUAUAGUUCACUAGGCAUUUGCCUUUGUUGGUUCUCUGAGUGACGUCUUGAUUUCAGUAGCUAGAGUUUUCCCUGAAUCUACUAGAAGGGGUAUCAGUAUUUUCAGGUAACAAAGUCUGUUAGCACAACAAAAAUUUCAGACCAAUAUCUUACUGUAUUGGGGUUGGGUUUUGUGUUUUUUUUUUUUUUUUCCUUGUUUGUUUUGUUUUAAUUUUUAUUAAUUUCAGCUGCUUUUGUUUUGAAAAAAAAAAAUCAUAUUGCUAUUGUGUGUACUUCAGUAUACCAGCAAACACUGUUACCUGUUAACACAUUGUCCACAAAUGCCUCUAGAAAAGAAAUUGUUGCACCUUAUGUAUAUCUCAAGCAAACCAAAAUAUGAUGCUUUUCUGCUUUGUUUAUUCUGAAUAUGUUGUAUCAUACUUUACUGAACCCAUUUUAACUUAGCUAAAGCUAUCAAUAUUUAUGCAUUUCACAUUAUUUUCUGGAUCUGAACCUGUGUAUAAAUCUUUCUUUAAAAAAAAAAAAAAAAAAAAAAAAAAAAAAGCAAUUACCUUAGUUGUUCUCUAUCACUUAUCCAUGGGAGUGGGGGAAUCGCAUCUCAAGUGUAAAAUGCAGUACUGUUUCCUUGGCUUUUAUUUAUUUAGUGAUCUUGGGUAUUUCAUAUAUAGUUUUGAGGUAUACGGAAUAUAUUGUUGUAGCCAAAGCUACAGAUGUAAGCAGCUGGGAGGAAAAUACUGUAAUGUCUUCUUAAUUAUUCUAGUACUGUAUGCAAACAUGGGAAGAACGUUCUGCAGAACAUUUGAGAUGCAGAUUCUUAUCCCCACAGUAGGUUAUUUUCCAGAUAUUAGACCAAAUCGAUGAAAAACAUCCGUGGAGAUCACUUAUUGCCCUGCUUACGGCAGUAACUACCCCUUGAAUGUGCUGUGAUUUCAGAAAUAGAGUAUAUUUAUUUAAGAUGACUGAAUGCUCUUUUAUACUAAUACAGUAUCCCAAAGUCAUGAGCAAAAGGUUUCUUGUCGAUUUGGAUUUCUCUUUUAUAGCAUUGGUGCAUGACUUUUGAAAUUAACGUGGUAAGCCUUGUUGUUGGAAAAGGGCGCAGGAACAAGGGAUGGACGGAAGCGUGUGAAUCAGUGUUCAAAUUCCAUCCUCGUGCUUUACUGUUUGGGUGAGAUCUACUUUUGUAGCGUAAGGCUGAAGAGCACUCUGCAGUCUGCACCAAGCAGAAACCCAAGAGAGUUGUAACUUGCAUCAGAAUGAGGGAAUGCCUUAUAGUUUGGAUGCUGUCAUUUGGAACAGGAUAUUAAAUUGGAGCAGUUUAAUUCCGUUGCCUGUUAGCUAUUGUACGGGUCCUGGAACAGAUUGAAGGCACAGGACAGCUGAGAGAGGUUAAAAGGAAAGCUGGCCUUUGUUCUCAGUAUGGUGAAGGUGUGGCAACAAAGAGGAGUUAGGUAAAAAGAUAUAUAUGUGUGCGUGUGUGUGUACAUUCUGGAAAAAAAAAACCUGUAGGAAAGACAAAAACAUAAUGGGCGUACAAGAUCUUGUAAUGCAUUUUGGUCCUUUGAGUGCACUUCCUUUUUUUGAAUGCUGAGUCUAAUAUGGCUACCUCUCCUAAAAGACUACUUUUGUUAUCUUCCAUUUGCUUUCAGGCUUGAUCGUUUAAUCUUUUCAGCCAUUGAUACCAUUUGUACAUCGCUGUACGCUUUACUUCCCAACAGCAACAUUUAUCUGACAACAUCAGGCUGAAUAUACAGUGGUAGCCAAACUGUGUUGCUGGAGCAUUUUUUGUUGAACCUCUGCCAUAGUCACAGGAGUUGCGGAUAUAGGCCCAGUAGAACGGGUUGUGUAAGAGCAGGAAUGGCUGUGCUCAUCAGGUGGUGGACUUCAGAUACUCCCAGUGGUCAUGCAGUAAGCCAAAUGCUGUUCUUGACAUUUAUUCUGGAGUUUACAUUUGCAAUCCUAAUUUCACAAGGAAACAUAACUGUGCAACUUUUGUGUUGUGUACCAUACGUUAGACACUGUUUGUUUGCCAUGCUUGUUUUCUAGAUUGUAGAGCUCUACUUCUAGAUUGUAGGUAUCUUUGCCCUGUUUUGUACUAUCUGUGGCAUUCUUCUUAUCUUGUACAUAUUAUGAAACUAUCAUCUAAAGCUGCCAGAACAUUGAGUCAUUUUCAGGACACUGAGAGAUGAGAAUGAGUGCAUUUAGGCUGUGAAAGAGUUUUGGUUUUUUUUUUUGCCUCCUCUCCUGAAUUUCCCGAUAAAAAGGCACAGAGAGAUUUAUUCUCUCACCUAACUGCUAUUAUAGUCUUUUAUAUACUCAGUAUUUUCUACUGAAUUGACAACUUCGAAGGAGCUUAUGAAGUGGAUGCAUGUUUUAUGUUCCCCCACUGAUUCUUCUGAGGCAGACAUCUAGGAAGGACUGACUUGAGAUCUCCACUCAGCAACACACCUGAGCUUCUGCCUAAAACCAUCCUUAUUUGAGGGGCAGCAUUGUAGUUUGCAGUGUGACUGUGCAGGAGCCCUGAUUAGGGGCUACUGUGCCCCUAGAAUUGAGUUUUGGCUUUUGUGAUGCUUCUGAAGGAGGCAUGUUAUUUUGACCUGGGGCCUUCAUUGACACAGAGUUUUAAAAACAAAUGCAAAUACCUUAAUGUUUGUUGAGUUCUUCCUAAGAAUUAUAUUGUAAUUUCUGGGUCUUGAUCGUUAACUUAUGCCAACAGACCCACAUUGUACUCUACUGGAAAAAAAAACAACACAAAAACACGUCUGCUGUCACACAGUACAGCCUAACUAACCAGGCUUCCGAAUACAGUGCUUUAACCUACUCUUUUAACCUUGUUUUUUCCACGCACUGCUACACUUUAUUCAGUCGUCUGAAGGUGACAAAGGCAAGAGGGAGAGAGAUGUGUGUCUGUGUGUGUAUAUACCUCCUACACACACACACACACACACACACACACACACACACACACACACACACACAUUAGUAUGCAGUGGCUUGGAAGAUGUUGCCUGUAUAAAAGCGUUCCAUGUUAGGUCCCAAAACAACUUGAGGUUUCUCAGACAAUGGUUUUCAAACUUUCUUGGAAGAUUUCAUUCUCUUUCCUUCACGUUACACCAUAAGGUGUAAUUUUCAAAAAGGUCUGAAAAAAAUACAGACACUGUGAGAAUCUUCUUUCUCAGCAGUGCUUGCUUUUAAUAACCAGUCUGCGUUGACAGUUUUAACACAUCUGAUUUGCUGUGAUCUCUUUGUAGGGCCCAGUCCUUCAACUUUUAUUCUCAUACAUAAUUCCACUAAAUUUUGACCCAGUAUUUGGCUUUAUUCUCUCCAAAGCUUGGUGUAAACAUGCCUUACAAUAAAUAGUUCAUCUCCAUAAGUGGUAUAACGGAGCUACUGCCUUCUUAGAUGUGUGUAGUUAGAAGUCAAUAAGCACAUUUAUAAAAUGUACUUUCUUCAAAAACCUCUAAUUUGAUAUUAAGUGCACAUGUUAAGUCAUGUGUAUAACAUGCUAAAGUACAUUAAACUGUGAUCAAAACCUGAAUAAAAUAUUUAAUAAAAUAUUUGAAAUAUUUGAAAAGGACCGUCAAAUAGAUUUCUUUAUGUUCGUUCUAUUUUGGUUAUCUAGUGUGUGCCUGUAAACAGUUUCCCAUUUAAAACUAAUGAUUGCAAAUAAAUGCUAUUAAAACAGAGCUGCUUUGAUACUUCCCCUGCUUUACUAUUAAGUGGUUGUUUACUUCAACGUAUGGCUGACGUAGUAGAAUUUCAGAACUUGUUUUUAGCUAGAGUAUGAGUUGGUUGGCUUUUUUUUUUUUCCACUUAAAAAGAAGCAAGCUCGUUUUCCACCUGAAAAUGGAAGAUGCCAAAAAACAGAGAUGGAUCCCCAAAACUGUGAGCUGUAGUUUCCCUUCAGAUCACCCAUCCAACUUCUGCACAGUGACCAUCAAAACACUGCACAUUUGCAAAGAAUCUACGCCCAUUUGUUCUUGCUUAAAGAUGUCUAUCAUGGGAGCUUUCAUUUUAUUUUUUACAAACUUCUGAGCUUGAUCAACGCUUUUGACAUUGAUGGAAAGAUCUGCAGACCCAUGCGAGUGCCACAGGAUUCAUUGAAUGUAUGUUGGCAUGAAGCUGGAGACUGUGGAUGAGGGAGAGGCAGGACUCAGUGUAAGUUAAACUGGGGGAAAGCCAUUUGCCCUUUCUUCUAAGCUUUCCAGGUUUCCACAGUGUGCUUCUGGAUUUUUGUCUUCACACAACUGGAAAGCUCAUUUCUAACCCACAGAAAUAAGUGAAGUCAUCUCACAUAAAGAAGCCCCUGCUACGUUUUCAGUUUCUGAACACCAGAAGAACUUCUUCACAAUGGUUUCUCUUUUAAAAGUAAAUAGCAAGCAUCAUCCAUAUUUAAAGAUCCCUACUACUUUCAAAGCUUAUUUAAACCAGUACUCUGUUCUGCCCCUGUAUUUUACCUUUUUUAUUUAGGAUUAAAAAUUAGACUUUGGGAGGUCUGGCCUUUUUUUUCUGGCCUUGGAUACCUGAAGAUUCCUUGGUUGUAUUUUUCGUAUCACACAAGACCCAGGUACAGAAUAUAUGAAACCAGUAGAAAGCAGUUGUUCACUUGCAAGCAGAGAUCUGCUUCUGGGUCAAAAGUAGCAGAAGGGAAGCUUUUACUUUUGGUGGGGGGGGGUGGUGGUUUGGGUUUUUGGGUUUUGUGUGUGGUUUUUUUUGUUGUUGUUUUUUCAGCUGUGUGCCACUUACUCAGGGAAGAAAAAAUGUAUGCAAUCUUGCACUGCCUUUGCUGGUUACACAUCAGCUGUCUGCAAAGAAAUACCAGGAAUGAAAGAGCUUCAGAGCUAAAGGCCAUGCAAUGGUCAUAGUUGGGAAAGGGAGAGAAAAGCUCUGAUGCAGCAAGUAAAAAGCUGGAAGGAAUCUUAGAAAAUACCUUUUUUCUCAGUACAGUAUGCUCAGUCAGGGACACUGAAGUUACAAUUCCAUUUUUUUCUUACCGAAUUACCUUAAAACACAGUCAUCUUCAUUACUUAGACCCCCAUGUUUUUGUGUCUGCUCUCAUUUUGUUCUUCCAAGGAAACACCUGCUUAGUGCAGCCCACUCGAUGCAUCUAGACCUGGUUUGUUACCCGGCUCUCACACUGCUGCUUGCAGCUGGUUGGCAUUGCACUGACACUCCCUUAACUGUCAGGUAAGACAAAUUCCCACUAAUACUUUCAAGACAUGGGAUGGAAUGACAUCCUCCUCCUGAGGUGACAUGCUUUACGACAUUCUCCAUCGAUUGCAUUUGUUGGGCUAUUUUCAUUGCUCAUCACUUUUUUUUUAAUGUGCAGUUAAUCCUGCUCCGAAGCAGACUUUUUUUUUUUCCAUAUUUUUUGAAGUGUAAAAGCAUUAAGUGAGAUGAAAGGUUACUCAAGCAUACCGUAACUGUGAUAUAGCACAUGGAGCUGCCAGUUCUUCAGUAACAAAAUACGAGACAACAUUUCUAUAUCUGCUGCAAAGUUCUGUUUUCUUUUGUUUUCAAAAAUAAAACCUAUGAGAUAUAAUGCCUACCAGCUAUUCAGUGUGAACUUCUUUUUGUGGACUGUUCUUGGCACAGAAACAGUAAGAAACUGAGCUCUAAUACAGUUGUACUUAGAAUGUGCUGAAGGUUUCAGCUAGGCUUCACGUGUUACCUACUGGCAGAAGGCAGAUCAGGUCUUCAUCAGAAGUAAUCCAACACAGGAUGUAGCUGUCUGUACCCCAGCUGAAACUGGUUGAAAAUCCAGCUUGCAUAAAUCCAUACCAAAAGUUUAGUCCACACAAAUACUACUUCAGUAUUUAUAUAUACGUACUUCAAUCUAUUUGUCUGUGAAACAAGAGGAACUCGUUGAAAUAGACCCCAAAGCCAAAUCAGUUGCUGUAGGAUUUCAGGCUUACCACCAAAGUGUACUUUGCUGAAUGCGGACGCCCAGUACUUUAGUCUGCAGCAUUUUGUUUAUUACUUCUGCAUGGAUAUGGAGAAGUAACACUGAGAGUGUUAGGUGCAUUCAUUGCAGUCUGUGUUUGGCUAGUUUGCUAGGUCAUCUGGGAAGAUGUUUCACAGGCACCUGUUCCCUUGCUCAAAUUCUAGCUUGUAUUGGCAUUCACUGUAUUUGUAGCCAAGUAUUUUCCUGCGAAGGGAAACCCAAAUAUCUGCAUGGCUUUUACUUACACUGACGCGUCUUCCAGAUGCACUCACUCCUUUCUGAGGUCAGAGCUGUCUGCUCAGGCAUUUGAUAACAUGAUGUGGGAGCACCUGGUGAUCUUCCUUUGCCAAGGUGUUGGUUGGCAGGAGGUCCUACAUGGUCAAGCUUCCUGGUGAUGGCAGGAAGCCAUUGGGCUCAGGUCAGAUCCUUCUGGUACUCAGUCAUGUUCCUUCCAAGCCCUUUGUGAGUGCUCUUAGCACCUAGUCAGCACCUGGAGUUAGGACUGGUGUUUUCCCUGCAGGCUUUCCACGUAUGAAGAACAGUUCCUUGAUGUCUUCAUGACUGGGUUCUUAAAAUGAUUCUGCUGUGAGAGAUCUUACAGCUUAGCAGCAUGUUGCCAGAAGUUUCAAGGCCUGGUACCUCAGGUACUAAACACUACCAGGGGAUUUCUGCUCUAGAUGGGAUCUCCUAAGUAAAAAUGAAACAAACCUAGCUGGAACCAGAUGAAGUCAGGACUUCGUGAGCAUCCAGGUGCUUACGAGCACCUUUGAGUUUGUGGAUCACAGGCUUGAUGUGUCCUUGGUUACAGCAGCUGUGUAAAUUGCCAGCAGGUCAUCACAACAAUGUUAGUUCUCAUCUUGGUUUGAGGAGCACUGUUUUCUAUUGGAAGUGAGGAGGCAGAAAAAUCACCAUCACAGCAGAUGAAGCAUUUCGUUGUCUUCAAGAAGUUCAACUUUCAAAAGCAGGGUUUGCCAAACAUUAGGAAAAAAUUAAGAAAGAAAAAGAUGAGAAAUUCAAGUUCAAGUCCUUGGUUGGGAAUGGAUACCAUGUUUUGUUUCAGUCACCGCAGCAGUAAUUUCUCUGUCAGUAGUGUGUGAGCUGCGUGAGGUGUGCUGCAGUUUGGAAGCAUUCCAUCAGAUGUCAGGUGUAUUCGGCACGUGGCAAAAGUGUCAUUAAUAACAACUGCUUCUGUGCGUGUACUUCGUAACAAUAUGAAGUGUUGGCCAUUGGUUUUAUCUGUACUUAAGCAAAUUGUUCGUGCUGGGCUUCCAGAAAAUAAUAAGAAAGUAACGGUAUUGGGUUUGGGCAACUCUCAUGCAGGAAUGCACAGCAGUGAAGGAAUUUCUUAGGAGUGAAGGGCUGCUAGAGGAUGCCUUAUAGAAACACUAUAGCUCAGAUGUAUUUAUGCAAGAAGUGUGAUUACAGAUCUCUGAGCCAGGCUGUCUGUUGGCAUUUACCAGCACAGGUUCACCAUCUAAUUGUGCUGACUAGCAUGGGGGAAGCAUGGGGCCUAUUUAAGCAUGGGGCCAGCUGUGUUUAAAGCCAGUUUGAUUCCUCAAGUCUUGCAUGUUGUCACUGGUACCAUGUGCCCUGGUCAUAGAAGAGCUUAGUUGCAUAGACUGAUAAGCUGCAGCUAAUUUAAAAAAGAAAAAAUUUACUGCAUUCUAGCAAUUCUGUGGUCGGCAGCUAAGAGUGGCCACCAGGGAUUUAAAAGCAUCUUUAAUAAUGAGGCAGAAAUGCAUUCUUAAAUAACAAUUCAGAGAAUUCAGAAAAUAUUCCCAAGUGCUUUGCAGGAUCAGUCAUGUUUUAUUAUUUUUUACUUAAAAAUAUAAAACUAAAAAAAAAAAAGACCACCGAAAACCAAUUAAGUCAACAACCUUCAUGCCAAUGUGUAGUGCUGGAUGUCCUUGCUCAGACAGCACGCGUUGCCUUGAAUCCAAGUGGAAACGUCUUGGCUUUGUCGAAUCCACUGUCCAACUGAAAUCUAUUUUGUAUUUGCUGGAAGAAAAUCUCAUGUAAUGCAUGGGUUUGUUCAUCUCGCUGGAAGUUGGACACGCUGAGCUUCGCUUACGAAUUUCUCACCUUCCUUCUCAGUCAUCUCGAGUUUCCUCCCUUUCCUCGCACGGCUUUACUACUUUGACUGACAUCAGUUCCUAACUUCCCACUCAUUUUCAGUGGGCUGGGAGCAGUACCGGACCAUCCUGAGCUACUUCACAGCUCUGAAAAAUAUGGAAAAGGCAUUCUUUAUUUCAUAAUGCUUUUAACAGCAGCGUUUCCUGGCCGUGGCUGAACAGCAGAUGCAGCUUUUGCAGAGAGAGAAGCACAGGGCAGUGGGAUCUGCCAGCAAUGCCAGCAAAGCAGCGGAGCUUUCCCUCCAGCCUGGCUUUCUGUAGAAGAGCCAGAGAGCACCAGUUCCAGGAACCCAGCAGUUCUUUGAAAUACAAUCAACUAAUUCCUUCUCCCAGCAGUUUGUUAUUGAAAAAAGCUUCACAGUUAAAGAGGAUUUGGCCUGCCUUAUUUUUAAUGCGUGGCUUGUAACAGCAACUAAUGUGGGAGUAGCAUGCUGACUGUCUUUAAAAACAAAGCAGAACUUCAGUGCUGCCUGUUAGACCUACACUGUUGGUGUUAAUCCAUACGAAGCCUUAACUUGGAAAAUAAAUCUGGCACAUCUCUGAAUUUCUUCCUUGGAGGAAAAAAAAAGGAAAGUUCCCAAACAUUUAAAUUUUAUUUCUCUGUAAUUAUUGAGGAAAUCCUCAGCUCAAAUAAGGCAACAGGAGGAUGAGAGCACCGUGGCAAUUACACUGGCAAACUUCAGAAUGUCUUGAAUCAGGCUUCCAGACAAAGAACUCAAGCGGACCCCAUAAACACCAUUGCAGGAAACUGCACCAACAAGUCAUGUCUCAGUAACAGCUAAGCCCUUCCAUACAAGUCUGCUCUGUUAGUCUGCAGAUCUUGUCAGGCAGUAACGUGUUUUUUGAUCUCUAUGCCUUUCACCUUCUGUUUGAAGUCUAACCUGGUGGCUUUGCUUGUGUCGGGUGAGCAGAUUCUCUGUGGUUGUUAGGGUCUCAGGUUGAAAAUGUUUUAAAAACUGCAGCUGGGAGUGUAGCAGUGACAUGCUGAACACCACCAGCCCGGUGAGUACCAAAUGCUGAUGAAUGCACAAGGGAUCCUCCUUUGGGUGCGGGCGGCUGCAGUGGUGCCAGACACUUGGGGGUGCAGCCUCAGCCAUGUGCUUGGAAAAGUGCUGGUGGUGGCGGUGGUGGCAUAUGGAGCCCUUGCUGAUGCAAAGACAUUUUUUAUUCUUUUAUUAUUGCUACUGGGCAUUGAUUUAACCAGGGAGCAUUACAUCAGGAAGGAUGGCACUGACUUGCAUUGCUAAAUGUGUCUCUAUAGAUGGUCUUUUCUCACCCACGUGAACCUUAAAAAAACAGAACCGGCAUGCAGACAAGCCCAUAGGAAAAGCCAGCAUUUCCGUACAUCAGAUUCUGCUUGUGCCACUUGUGUUUCUAUGGUGAAGGCAGGUUCACAAGCUGUUAAAAUAGCUGUUCACUCCAGAAGUGGCAAACAGAUGGAUUCCCACAACUGAUCGUAGGUGAGCGGCAGCCUGGUGCCGCCGCUGCUGCUAUUUGUUUCCUUCAUCUUUGGAAGUUGGUUGCUCUUGAUGCCACUGUAAUACUUCCCUUCCAUCACCAGCUGAGAGCGACUCACUUAUGUGAGGUCACCUCUCUGGGCAAUUGUAAUAUGUGGAAAAAAAUACCACAAAUCCUCUACACAGUAAUGCUGGCAUUUCCUAAUGAUGUCUCACCUCAAUGUUUGUGAGUAUCUGUUUACAAUAUCCUGGGGUCCUAGUUUUCCUUUUUCUUUUGAAGCAAAGUCAUAUUUUCUCUAGAUUAAUUAAUUUUUAAUGCUGCUUGUAGCAAGUUUAAAAGCAGCUGCUCUUGGGAUGGCCAACCCCUGCAAGCUUUAGGCAAGAACCUGACUAGCCUAUCAGUGUUGUGUUUUCUUUCUCUUGCUCGUUAUCAACUUGAUAGCAGUUUGGCCAACAUUUUUCAAGAUCCCAAAAUGUGGGGCAAAGGCUGUCCAUGGCAGCUUUUGAAAUUGCACGCUGGCCAUUGCACUGUGCUCUUCUCUGUGUGCUGCUCCCCAGUUUCAUGUGAAAAGUAGAGAGGCUCGUAAUGGCUUGUCAGGAAGAUGCAAGUUGACUCUUGACAGGACACAUCCUUGUGUGCACUGUGGGCUAAGCAGGAAGCCAAAGUAGAAAACCGAGCAUCCUGCCAAGAUGUUCAAGCCAUCCUUUGUUGGGACAAGACAAGAUAUUGGUGGUGUUUACCUAGCACGAAGUCAUAGGGACUUGGAGGUGUCACCUGGAGUGCUUCUCUAUCCCAGGACAGGUUAAGCUGCACCUGCCUGAAAGAUGGUUGUGGAAUCCACCCUUACUUCCACAGUGCCCGUGUACAUAAUUUUAGGAGAUAGAGAUGUAUAAAAAGACUGCAUCUUCAGAAGAUGCUAGAUAAGUGUGUUGGUUUUUGUGACAUUAAAGGUAACGACUGGAUAAGAUCUGAGGUGACAUUUGUCACAGAGUGCCAGCCCAGCAUGAUCACUAGCCACAGGACUGCCACAGGCCUUCAAAAACCUCUUAUCCUGACUGGUUUGUCAGGUUGUCCAUUAAUAGCCAUACCAGAGAGGUUCAAAGCAACCUUUCUCCCAGCGCUGUGUUUUCUAUCUAGCAGUUGCCUUCAAUUCGUUUUUAUAGAGUUCUGGCAGUAAAGACAAAACAAAAGCAAACCUGUCAGCUUUUUCCUCAGUACACUUGUGCGGAUGCUACAAAUCAGUCCUUAAAGCCAUACUAUGUGAGGUGGAACCCAAACAAGGAAAACACCCAUCUCACGUGUCAGUGCUCUCGUUCAGCUGUGCUGUGACACUGGUAAAUGCCAGAACGUGCCCGCGUCUUCGGGCCGUCCUCUCAUGGCCACCACCAGGCUGAGCAGUGGGCAUUUUGCUGGGUCUUCAGCGGGGUCCCAGCAACCAGCCUCGUGUCCAGCUUUGGGUCCUACCUGGCCUCUCAAUAGGAUGCCUCUUCCACACUGUGCCCCAAGUGCUGGAUGAAGGCCAUGGCCGCAUUCAGCCUGCUUUCUGAUCUGCCCAGGUCUACUUUCCCCACUCUUCGUCUACACAGCAGCGGGGCAGGAAAGCCAUCACAGCACUACAGCCUUCCGCAGCAUCUUGUCUGCUCUGUGCUGCCAGUGAUGCCAUCACUGGUUCUACUAGCUAAAGAAGAAAGGGCAGCAAGAUGCAGGUCCUGCUGGAGGCAUGAUGUGACCAUCAGUCGCUGCCCCCUGGUCACGCUGUGUACAGUGGGACAGACCCGGGCACUGAUAUCCAGGCCAAGAAGGAAGAAAAUCAGAGGCUGGGUGCAGCAUCCAAGUUCUACAUUAAGUGAAAAUGUUGUAGGGUGCAGACUGGAGGACCAGAAAAACUGAGCUCCUUGUUCACUUGCUCCAGGUUGUGUCUGGCCCUGAUACAGGCAUGCAUGUUGUGAGGUGAAUGUGUGGGUGCAGGACCCAAGACUAUUUGACUGUAGUAAAAGCCUUUGAAAAGAUCCAGUGUGGGUGCCCACCGGCCAUGGGCUGACGUUUGAAGGACAAUGUUUCCACAGACACCUUCUGCAGUAGCUGACAGCAUCAGCACAUUAAGUGAUAAAGAAUCUGUUGGCGUAAAGAAGAGAAAGUACACCAGACAGAGCAGUUCAUAAGAUGUGAUUCACAGCUUGUGAGUCAGACAAAGGGCUUUAUAUAGGAGGAAAUUAUGUGUGCAGAAGGAAUUGGCUGAUUUUCCCAGCCCUGGCAGGGAUCAUGGUGUGCCGAGAAUCUCUGGUUCCCAGUUUCUCAUAUGAACUAUUAAAUAUGGUGGGUGCCUGUCAAGCUUUGUUAUAAUUGCAAAUUGUGCACCAUGUCAGCAGUCUUUGGCUUUCACUAGCAACGUAAUCCUCAGCGAUGCAUGAGGUCUUUCUGUUUGGCUUCAAUGGCCCUGUAAUCCCUCAUCCUUCUAUGGGAUUCCUAAUACUGCUCUGCAGCUCCACCAGGGUAAGCCAAACUGGGAUGCAGGAGGGUCAAAAGUGGCAGCUAAGGCUGUUGAUUGCAAGAGAUCAACUUGGGCACUGCUAUUCACCUUUCUCCUCAGCAGUCAAAGAACCAGCAACAGCUAGUGAAGGUGAAGCUUCAGUUGGUUUUAAACCCAAUGUAAGAACUUCUCUUUCAAAAUCUGCCUGUUUUUUCCCUUUCCAGCACAGCAGGGUGCUGCUUGCAUUUUCCCUGCUGCUGAGUGUGAGUCCCAUAGAGCUGAAUAGAAGUUACAGCACUGACAGCAAGCACCGACUUUGCAGUUGCUUGUUGAGGUACCAGAUCUCCCUUCCCUGAUGCUGACACCUCCAUCUGCCUUAUGCCAAGCACAGAGGAAGGUCCAGACGCUUAAAUAAGACAUGGCGAUGCUCUCUGUGAUGAUGCAGGAACUGGGAUAAUUGAGUUUUCAGCAGAUCCCCUUCAUAGUGGGUUUACCUGCAUAGGCAGAAGAGCUGAAGUCCUGCAUGGUAAUGGUCAGUGCCUCGCUUUUGGGUACUCCUGUCUUCUCACAGCACAUCCCUACAUGCUCAGCAUUGGUGCUCAGCGGGAUGCAGAGGGCACCUGCUGCUGCUGUCAUAGCUGAGAUUGCUUCUGAAAGGCAUGCUGCAAUAGCAGUCAGGGAUUUUAUAGCUCUGUUCUUUUGUAACCCAAUGCUAAGGCUAAUACUGAGUUCAGCAAGGAUGUGGUUGCCUGGCACAAUGCUGAUUUUAAUGUUAGGUAUGUUUUUAAAUACAAACAACCCUUCAUUUUGUAAUACUGCAAAUGCAUCUUGCUCCAUCUGGACAUCCAUCUUUAAAAGCAGGCAUGGUUAUGCUCCAUCAGCAAAAUGUCAUGCAUACUAUGGAAAACAGUUUGUGUAUUGCCACACUGUCAUUGGCGUACUCCAUGCAAAGCCAUCUCCUUGAAAUUAGGGUGAUGUGUGAGGCAGUGAGGAAUCCAGAUGUCAUCGCUGGGUUGGGAAGAGGCCUCUAGAAACACUUUGGGUGUAGGGUCUGCUGGUGGCCUUCCUUGGGUGGAUGAAAUUGGCCCUUUUGGUGCAAUUGGAGGAACAUCAGGGGGUUGGCAGGGGAAAGAUCUUGUAUGGGAAAUGUUCUUUCAGAUUAAGCAACAAAACUCUGCAUGCACAUACAGACUAGGUCUUCAUAAUGCAGUCAGGCUCUGACAGCGUAUUGCAGCAUUAUUGCUAUUAAUAAUCUAUGAUUACUAACAACAUUAUAAUCGAGCAAACUUAGUGGUAGCAAGGUAAAUAGCAAUCUGGAUGACUGAAGGCAUUGCCAUCACUGGGGAUGGCAACUGUGGCAUUAGAAGAAAAUGCUGAGGGAAGAUACCGGUUGCUGAUACACGAGCUUGGGUCUGCUAGUCUUUUAUAUACCAUUUUUAAUAUACUUCCUGAAAAUGAAGCUUCAGAAAGGUACACUGCCUCUUUAAAAUUAGCCUAGGAACUACAGGUAGUUCACAUUAUUUUUAAAAUAAUAAAUCUCUCUAUAUAUCUAUAUUAAAAUAUAUAUGUAUACAUAAGUUGGCUGGCCUGCCUUGUGGGAAGGUGGCAGCCUAACUAAGUCUGAGCUACUAUUGUAUUACCAUGGUCUUCUGUUUUGUAGAUAGCCCCUCCUCCCUAGAUGAAGUUCUGUUCUUGCUCCACAGAAGGUGCCUGUGUAUAUAACUCCUUUGUAUUGCUUUCUGCAGAGUCCCUUAUAUAUUUCUUACUACUAAUGCUGUGUAGAAAAUGAAAUCCAGAGAUUUUACUACUGAUAAUUAACCAUCUAAAGGCCAUUAGCAAAAUAAAGAUUUCGUUGUUUGGGAAACAGAUUAUUUAUAUUGUGUAUGGUUUAUUGCCUGAUAACUUGUUUGGUGACUGGAUAUUCUUUUCCUUUUCCUGGUCCUUUUCUGCUUUUUCCAGCUAUGGUGUUUACUCCUCACUUUGAUUAUCUAGCAGGCAAUAAAGUAUAUUGUAUGUUUUGAAGCCAA